AUGAGGCCUGUGAUUUCGGCCUCGGACGGGAGUGCUAUGUACGACGAUGGCUGUGGUAGCCUUGUGAAAUCUAUCAUCGAAGCCGAUGAUGUCGCAAACUUACAUCGCUACGCGAAAGUCCGUGGUACACGUUUCUUCAGUCCUGGAGCUGAGGUGCACGAUUGGAACCCCGAUGAAUGGGACCCUUUCCUACUUGCUGCAGAAAAUGGCAACAUCGAUGCGCUUCGUGCACUUGCGGAAAUCUACCAGUCCGAUCCUAGUCAAACGGAGCCACUUGAAGCUCGACUUAGGCGCAAGAACAUUCACUUACUGAGCGUCGCGUGUCUCUAUGCCCGGUUCGAGGCGGCGGAAUAUCUCCUAAGCUGCGGUCCUCCCUUGGGGGGCAAAUUGAACGAUCAGGAAUUCACCAAUUCACCUCUUCUGUCCUCAGUAGCAGCGCUCGGAUUUACCAGGGGAAAAUUAGGGCGUGAUAUCGAGAAAUCCGACAUCGAAAACUUCGUCUAUCGACUAUUGGGCAGAGGCGCUUCGGUUUGUCAACCCAAUCGUUACGCCAAUAAAGAUCAACCCGAUCAACAAUCUUCACCGAAAGACUUACUUGAGACCGUGCUCGGAGUGGCGGCUCCCCAUGCAAGUUAUAAACUAGCCUCUCGCCUCAUUGCCGAAGGAGCCGAUAUUCACGCCCAGCAGGAAUGGUAUGAGCUAGGUGAAGGUGACGUUGAAAAGGUCACCGCCCUGCACAUAGCCAGCGGAUCCUGGAAUCUUGAGUUUAUUCAAGCGCUGGUUGAAAACUAUGGCGAUGGUGAGCUUGCCGAAGCGGUUACUGUGGCUGACAGUAAGGGACGGCUCCCACUCCACUGGGCCCUGCUUAGCCUCCGGGGCUCAUUUGACCAAAGAUCAGAGUAA